CCUGUUUAAAACCCACAGUUGGUUCCGUCUCCGGUCAGGGAAUCCUCGGUACCGUAGCGGCGGUGACAACUGUUCUGUUGUAAUGUCAGCAGCUGGUCUCUGUCAGUUUUUCUUCAGCCGUUCAGGAUUUUGGACUUUUAUCUUCGUCGUGGUUUUGGUCUGGACUCCUGUUAAAGGUGGCCUCCAUCUGAUUGGUUCGUCUCAGCCAAUCGUAGCUGCUCCUGGAGAUGACGUCGUCCUCCCAUGUCGGGUGGAUCCCGAGUGGGACGCCGUGGGGAAGACGGUGGAGUGGUCCCGACCGGACCUGAGGCCGUCCGGCCCUCAGAAGCGUGUGGAGUACGUGUUCGUGUAUCGCUUCAAGAAGACGGACCGAGACAUGAUGAUGGACACGUACAUCCAGAGGACGUCUCUGUCCCAGGACGGCCUGAGGCGAGGAGACGUGUCUCUGACCAUCAGGAACGUCAGCCUGCAGGACCACGGCAGGUUCCGAUGUUUCAUCCCACGCCUCAGGAUAGAAGCAGAACUUCUGCUUGUUGUUGAUCCAAACUUUGUUUCAACAACGACAACAGAGUCGGUUCAUCCCAGAAACCUCAUCACUCCGACGCCACAGCAGGAAACCGUGACGAACGGUCGUCGGUCCAGGAUGUUUCUUGUUUUGCCCAUUAUUCUCUUCAUCAUUUCUCUGAGUUUACUUUUCAUCUUCAGCUUGAAAAAUAUCUCCAAAACCAAAUUUCAACAGAACCCCCUGAGAGCCUCUGCCUUGCAGUUUUGUUGCUUUGCUCAAGAGCAGACCUGUGUUGAUGUGGAGAAGAACUCCAACUGCAGCGUCAUGGAAACUGUGGAGACUGAGUCGAUUAGUCUGAGGCAUAUCGAUGAAACCAGGUUCUCCAUAAAGCAGCUCUCAGACUGCAGGAAUCCUACAAACUUUCAGAUAAACAUGAGAAAAUGUUCUGGAUUGAUCCAACAAGCUCGUCUGUUGGCUGAACUGUGUCUGUGCAGAGCAGCUCUGGGAUCCUGCAGAACCUCUUCAACCAUAUCCUGAGCCAAGAAAAGGCUCCACUGUUCUGGAAGACAUCCUGCCUGGUUCCAGUUCCAAAGAAAACUCAACCACCACAGACCUGCUGCCCUGACAUCCCACAGCAUGGAGGUUCUGGAGAGACUCCUGUUGGCCCACCUGAGUAAGCAGACAAGCUCAUAUCAAGACCCUCUGCAGUUUGCUUAUCGCCAUGGAAAUGGAGGUUGCCAUCAUACACCUGCUUCAACAAACUUUGUGUCAUCCAGACAAAGUGAGGAUCGUGUUCUCUGAUUUUUCCAGUCCAUUUAACACGAUUCAGUCUGAGCUGCUCUGUGAGAAACUCCAGAAGACACAAGUGGAGGCCUCAACGAUCACCUGGAUCUACCUGACAGACAGACAGACCACCGUUUGUGAGACUAAAGGACUCUGUGUCUAACCAGGUGGUCAGCAACAUAUUAGCACCACAGGGCUCUGUGCUCUCACCAUUCCUUUUCACUCUGUACACUUCAGACUUCCAGCACAAGUCCAACAUCUACAGAAAUACUCAGAUGAUUCUGCAGUUGUUGGGUGAAUCAGAGAUGAUCAUGCAAAGAAGAAUUCUUGAUAAAAUUAAGAAAAUUAUGGACAAUCCUGACCAUCCUCUUCAUGAAACUGUCUUGGGAAGGUAGAGUAUCUUCAGUCAGAGGCUUCUUCAGAUUCAGUGCAGUACAGACUGCUACAGAAGAUCUUGGACACCACAUGGCCGGACCGAACCGAUCGAACCGUUAUACCUAGGAUUUCUGUCGGCUAAUGUUUGGUCUCAGGUUUU